CCCGGCUCAUGGAGCGGCGGCUCCGCGGCGACAGCUCACUGCGCGGCGGCUUCCGGUGUCCGUCCGUCUGCUGGAGGACGUCGUCGUCCGGCUUGAACCGCAUCUUCCCCCUUCUCCUUCCACCGACACCGAGUCCUCCGGGAACCCCGUGAAACCACCUGGAGACGGCAGCGGGCAGAGCUUCCAUCGGCGGCUGUUUUCUGACCAAAGGACACAGAUAUAUCCCUCAGCCUGCAGGUCACCAUCAUUCUUUUUUAAAACCACAUUUUCAGUUCAGGGCUGACCCCCCUCAUCCCCUCAUCCCCUGAGAGCUGACCCCUACAUGCGAAGUGGAAGGAUGACGGAGGCGUGGCAGCAGCAACAUGCGGUGGCUCCACCCUCGGUUGUGCACACGCUCCCCCAGGGAGCCGACAACCCUCUGGGCUGCACCGUUUACGGGGUAGUCCUGCAGCCAGAUGCCUCCCUGCAGCAGCCGCAGCACGGCCAGCAGCUCGCCGUUCAAGCCCAGCAGCCCUCCUUGCAGGUAGGGGGUGAGAGAGGGCACAAGUGCGGGGCCUGUGGCCACGAUAUAUCUCACCUGGCCAACCCUCAUGAGCACCAGUGCAUGGUAAACCAAGACCGGUCCUUCCAGUGUACCCAGUGUAUGAAGAUCUUCAGCCAGGCGACGGACCUGCUGGAGCAUCAGUGCGUGCAGGUGGAGCAGAAGCCGUUUGUGUGCGGCGUGUGCAAGAUGGGCUUCUCUCUGCUGACCUCGUUGGCCCAGCAUCACAACUCGCACGGCAAUGGAAACAACCCGAUGAAGUGCUCCAUCUGUGAGAAAACGUACCGGCCCGGUUCCGGGAACGUCACCCCGACCUCGUCUGCCGCCAACCCCCAGCAGCCCUCCACCGGCGAGACGUCCAGUGGCGGUGCGGCGAUCAGCGCCUCGUCUCCCCCGUCGUUUGAGGCCUCCGCACCAGACCGGCCGUACAAGUGCUCCGUGUGCCAUAAGUCCUUCAGGCAUUUGUCAGAGCUGACCCGCCACGAGAGAGUACACACCGGCGAGAAGCCGUACAAAUGUGACACUUGCGACAAAAGCUUCAGCCAGUCGUCGCAUCUGGCGCACCACCAGCGCACGCACAGCUCCGAGCGGCCGUACAAAUGCGCCGUGUGCGAGAAGAGCUUCAAGCACCGCUCUCACCUUGUGCGGCACAUGUACGCUCACUCGGGCGAGCACCUUUUCAAGUGCAAUUUGUGCGAGAUGCACUUUAAGGAGUCGUCGGAGCUCCUGCAUCAUCAGUGCCAGCCGGAGGGGGAGAGACCGUUCCGCUGCGGUUCCUGUGGGAAGAGCUUCAAGCGUCCGUCAGACCUGCGGCAGCACGAACGCACCCACUCGGAGGAGCGACCUUUCCAGUGCGAGGAGUGCCAGAUGAGCUUCAAACAGCAGUACGCUCUCGUACGCCACCGGCGCACUCACAAAAACCCAGCCGACCGCCCUUUCAAGUGCAACCUCUGCGAUAAGGGCUUCCUCCAGCCGUCCCACCUGCUCUACCACCAGCAGGUUCACGGCAUGGAGAGUCUGUUCAAGUGCGCGUCCUGCCAGAAGUCGUUCAGCCAAUCGGGAGAACUGCUGAGGCACAAAUGUGGCGGCGAGGUGGAGAAACCCUACAAGUGUGACGUGUGCGGCAAAGGUUACAAAAAGAAUUCGACGUUGCAGCGCCACCAGAACUCUCACUGCACAGAGAAGCCGCUGAAGUGCUCCCUGUGCGACAAGCGCUUCGUGUCGUCCUCCGAGUUCGUCCAGCACCGCUGCGACCCGACCCGAGAGAAGCCGCUGAAGUGCCCCGACUGCGAGAAGCGCUUCAGGUACUCGUCGGAGCUGCAGCGCCACCGCCGAGUUCACACCGGGGAGAAGCCGUUCAAGUGCGCCAACUGCGACAAGAGCUUCAAGCAGCGCGAGCACCUGGCCAAGCACCAGAGCGUGCACUCGCGGGAGACGCAGUUCAAGUGCGUUUGGUGCGGCGAGCGCUUUGUUGACCUCACAGCUCUGCAGGAGCACACGGUCCAGCACACCGCUGAGGGGGAGAGUUUCCCCGAAGCGCAGUGCAUCCCAUGAAUCGAACUGAUCUGUGGUCCUGGGCCGCAACCGUGACAGUUAUCCCCCCCUCCUCAAAGCAAAGUGUGCCAGCCUCCGCUCUCCCAUUUGUAGUUUAUAACACGCUCCCAUUAAUUACGUUUUAAUGAUUUUUUUAGUGUCAAGACUGAAUUCACCCUCGUCCUUUUAGUUGAGUAAAUGUCAAAGCACCAUAAAUCCACAGAGGCGAUUAGGAUCCCUCUUCUUAUUUUUGGAACACAUGGAUAAAAAGACUUGAAUAGAAUGGUGGGAAAAAGGCGUAAAAUGUGUGAAGAUCACGGUUUUGUUUAGUGCAGAACGUGGGACCCUAUUCUGUGGUUGCAUGUGAUCGUCUGUUUUGUAACUGUUGGUUCUGUUGUUGAGAAAGCUGGAAGGAAACUUCCAGGAGAUGUGUGUGUGUGUGUGCGCUCAUGUGUUAGCUCCUCUGAAAUCCAUGUGCCUUUUUUUACCGAUCACUUUGUUUUUUUGGUGUGUUUUUCUUUGUUAAUAAUCAUGUCCAGUUUAGCUGAACCCCCGCCCCCCCUCCCAACCGUAUGCAGCGGCUGGCUUGUGCAGCAGUAUCUUUUCACAUACUAGAUCUUAGGUAGUAUCAUCUGUUUGUGCAUGAAUAUUUAUCACACUUUAAUAUCACUGUUGUAUUAUAGGUUUGGUUUAUUUAGGAAAAACAUCCUAAGAAGAAGAAGAAAAAGUGGAUUUGUGAAAACUGUAUAGCCCGUGUCCUAUGAAAUCUGUGUUGUUGCAUCUUUGUAUUAAAAACAAACGACAUCUAGGUAACUAACCUAACCUAUCAUGUCACACAAACACUUGACAUGUGCAAUAGAAAAUGCACAAUGUAAUAUUUAUGACUACUGAUUCCUGGCAUAGUCUACUCUGUUAUAUUAUAGAUUGUGUGUAUAUGCUCAUGUAAACAUUGAAAAACUGUAUAGUGCUUAUGUUACCUGCUUUUGUAUUCACUUAUGAAUGAACUUGCAGUAUUGUGCAAGUACUUUUAGUUUCAGAACCAGAGGGAUUAUUACAAGGUUUAACCCCCAACAAGACUUCAAAGCGUUAUAUUGCUCACCUGCCACAAACUAGCUGCAUUAGUUACUGUGCGAUAUAGAUCUAACAAGAGUAAUAUUAUUUUUUAAUGGUUUUUUUAAGAAUUGGCCUUGUAACAUCCUCACAGGGAUCCCUGGUCCUGGUCCUGGUCCAGACCGGACAGUCAGCAGAGUAACCCGAGUAGCCUCAAAAGUUGCGGUUAAGUGUUGGUUUAUGUCAGGCAUAAAGUAAAACAUGUGUGUACUUUAGUUUACAGGGUGGAUUUCUAUAUUCACAACAUUUGCAGUAUAUUUAAAAGAAGGUUUUUUGGAGGUCAGAGGUCAUGGGUCAAAGGGAUUCAGGGACGAGGACUGUGUGGUUGUGCCACGGUGGAAGUCCUGAUGAGUCCGCUUCAAAAUCCUCCCGUUGGAGGAGAUCGAGUGUUAUGAAGCGCUGGAUUUACACACCUGGAUAUCGAUAUAGACUCCUGUUCAUACUGUAUACAGACAAUUAAAAUAAAACCACCCUUAUGAAAAUAAAGGUGCUCAUUGUUUUCAUCACAA